GGCGGCGCCUCCUCCUCGUCGCCCAAGGAGGCCGAAGGGCGGCAGGACCAGAAGUACGACCCCUUCGACCCCACCGGCUCCAACCCCAGCUCGUCCCGCUCCAGCCCCAGCCCCGGCGAGGAGGAGGAGGAGGAGGAGGAGGACGAAGAGGAAGAGGAGGAAGAGGAGGAAGAGGAGGAGGAGGAGGAGGAGGAGGAGGAGGAGGAGGAGGCGUCGGCGCUGCCGGACGUGUCGCAGAGCAUCAGCCGCAUCUCGGAGACCUUGGCCGGCAUCUACGACGACAACUCGCUGAGCCAGGACUGCGAGAAGGACCCCGAGCCCCCCAAAACGCCCCCCAACCCGCCCGGCGCCGACUCCACCCUCCCCGAGGACGAGGAGGACGAGGAAGACGACGAGGAGGAGGAGGAGGAGGAGGAGGAUGAGGAGGAGGAGCAGGACGAAGGCUCGUCGUCGCCCGCCGCGCCGGAGCCGCGGCGCCGCGUCUUCGUGGUGGGGCUGGGGGCCUCCGAGAGCGAGGCCCACGCCAAGUUCGAGGGCAAGCUGUCGCUGGAGGUGGUGACCCCCGGCAACCCCAAAGCCCCCCCGGGCCAGGGGGCGCCCCCGGCCCCCCAACCCCGCGGCGGUGGCGGCGGCGCCGGAGCCGCCCCCAAAGCGCCGGGACGGCACCGCGGGCGCCGCGACUGGGCCGCGCCGGGCGACUCGGAGGUGGAGGAGGGCGAGAUCGUGCAGGCCGAGGAGGAGCAGCCCUUCAGCCCCCUGCGCCUCUUCCGGCCCUCGGCCAACGCCGCCGGAGCCGCCGGCGGCGGCACCCGCGGGAGACCCCCGGAACCGUCGCGGCCGCCGCGGCUGCCCGAGGGCGGCGACGAUUUCCUGUCGCUGCACGCCGACUCCGACGAGGAGGCCGAUUUCGGCGCCGAGGCCCAGCCCGACCCGCGCUGGAAGAGCGGCUCCGGCGGCUCCGGCGGCUCCGGCUCCGACCUGCGGCGCAAGAUCCUGAGCCAGCGGCGCCUGCGGGCGCCGCCGUCGCCGCCGCGCUCGCCCUCGGCCGCCUCCCGCAAGAAGCCCAAGCGCUCCCGCGAGCGCGGCUCCGGCGGCUCCUCCUCGUCGUGGGGGGCGUCCAAAAAACCCCCCGAGCCUCCCGCUGCCUCCACCUCCACCACGGCCGCCCCCUCCUCCUCGAAGUCCAAGGAGCGUCACCGUCGGCGCCGCGGCUCCCGCUCCCGCUCCCGCCGGCGCUCGUGGUCGUCGCGGCGCUCGCGCUCGCGGGGGGAGAAGCGUCGGCGGCGCCGGCGCUCGGGCAGCUCCGGGGGCCGCUCGCGGGGCCGCAAGGACAAGGACAAGCGGCGGGGGGACAAGAAGAAGAAGAAGCAGCAGCAGCAGCGGCGCCGCCGCUCGCGCUCCCGGGAGCGCCGCGGGUCGCGCCGCGACGCCGAGGCCGACAAGGGCGGAGGGUCGAGAGGAGGAGGAGGAGGAGGAGGAGGAGGAAGCAGCGGGAGCCGCCGCCGGGAGCCGCGGGCCGUGGUGCCGCCGUCGGUGCAGGAGCUCAACGACUCGGACCUGUUCGCCAUCAAGAGAACCAUCACGGUGAGCCGGCGCGCCGCCGACAGCCCCGAGCCCAAGCGGGAGGUGCUCUACGACUCCGAGGGGCUCAGCUUCGAGGGCUUCUCCGACCGCGAACCCGCCGACGUCCCCCAGCUCCCGCCGGCCCCGCCGCCGGCGCCGCCGCGCCGCGGAGGGGACAAGAGGGGGGACAAGGAGCGCAAACGGGGCCGCCCCGACGACAGGGCGGCCGGGAGCAGGGACAAGCACAAGAAGAAGUUCAAGGAGGAGCUGGUGGAGGGAGGGAAAUCCAAGGAGAAGCCGCGGGAGAAGGGCGCCCGCAAGGCCAAGGCGGCGCCGGCCAAGGAGGCGACGCCGGCGGCGCCGGGACCCCCCAAGGCGGCGGCGACGACGACGAGGAAGGUGAAGCUGCAGUCCAAGGUGUCCGUGCUCAUCCGGGAGGGCGUCAGCUCCACCACCGCCCCCGGCAAGGAGCCGGGAGGAGCGGGAAGCGGAGGAGGAACCGGAGGAGCGGGAAGCGGCAUCGGCGUCAAGUUCGCCCGCGACGCCGAGAGCCGAGCGCCCUUCCUCAAGGCCGGGGGGGGGCUCCUCAAGGCCGGGGGGGGGGCCCCCAAGGGGGGGGGGGGCACCCCCAAACCCGACGGAGACGCCGCCGUCGCCACCAAACCCCCCCGCAAGGCCAAGCCC